AUGAAUUCGGACGCAAUAUGUAGCUGUUCAUCAAAUGAUGAAGCAAACCAAUUAAACCAAUUAAUAUCGAUAUCAAUAUGCGAUACAUUUCCAUUUCUAACUAACAUAAUUGAGAAAUUCUACUAUUGGAUCGAUCGUGAUCUAGUGCCGGAAACUAUAGCAUUUCGGUUUCGAGAAAUUCUUCAAGCUGAAAAUAUUAACAAUCAAGAUUUCGUAGAACAUCUCUUUUCAAAUCACUCCGAAACACACAUUUUAUUACCGUUGCUUGGAUUCCUAUUUCAAAAACAUAAAUAUUUUUUCUCGAUUUUUAAACUCAAUGCUCUCGGGCUUGAUUCAGAACUAGCCGCGCAAAUAAUCGCAUAUGACUUUUACGAAAAAUCAGCAGAAAAUGGAAAUCAAUAUGGUCAACUGUUUCAUGGGAUUGAGCUUUUAAUGAGAGCAAGCGAGUCGAUGGAACAAGGAUUCUAUUACAUUGAAAAGGCUGCGAUUCAAGGAAAUACUUCUGCGAUGGUCUUGUUAACUUCCGAUUAUGCUUAUGCCGAGAAACCUGGAAUUUUCGGUAGAUGGAAUGAGAAUAAAAAAUUUAAAGCACUAAAGAAAUGUGCCUUUGCUGGAAGUAUUCCUGCUGAACAGGAUCUGUUUGAUAGAUAUUUGGAAGGAUUUGGAACUUCUAAAGAUUUGCAUGAGGCAUUGAAACUUUAUUAUCAUCAGCAUCUGGAUGAUGAUGUGUUAUGGAGUGAUCACUAUUAUCGUAAAAUGCAAUUAAGAGACCUUUUUUUGAAGAACAAAUAUUGA